UCUGUAGAGGUGUGCCAAAGCUAUAUAUAAGAAGUCUGAGGCUGAGGAGGCAGACAGAAGACGGACAGACACCAGACAUCCACCAUCACCGCAAGAGACUGGUAGACCUAAAUCUGCUUUCAGCCACCAAUAAAAACUAGGAGAGGGAUGGGGCUGCACAGUGUUGAAGAACUGGUGACCGGUAAGAGGUCGGAGGGCGUAGAGGCAGAUGACUUCCAAGGGGGAAUGUACGAGGCAGCUGUCAAUCAAGAGAAGCAGGACGACCGCAGGUCACCCAGAGAGCCAGAGGAGGCCAACAGUGGCAGCGAGCAGGAGGAAGUCAGCGUGGCAGCUCUCAAUACUGAUAAAAGCGGCAGACUAAAGCUAGAAACAGUGGAUGACCUGUUCAACAUCCUGCAACUGAAGAAGAGGAGGAGGGAGAGGAAAACUCCAAGUCAUAAAAAACUACAGCCGGAGCCUGAGAUUGUGCCUGAGUCUGUGGAUGAGCAGCUGUUUCUAGCAGCUUCCAUGGAGAACAAAGUGGCUGUGGUGGAGAAGUACCUGUCAGAUGGAGGCAAUCCAAAUGUAGCCGAUAAUUUCCAGAGAACGGCUCUGCACAAAGCCUCUUUCAAAGGAAACCUGGAAGUAAUGACAAAGCUCCUGGAGGCCGGAGCUGCCAUCGAGGAAAGAGACAAGUUGGAGGCCACGGCGGUCCACUGGGCCUGCAGGGGUGGCAGCCUACCCGCUUUAGAGCUGCUCCUUGACCGCGGAGGCAAGUUCAUGUCCAGAGACAAGCUGAAUAGCACUCCUCUUCAUGUGGCCGUGAGGACAGGGCAUUGUGAGUGUGCCGAACAUCUCAUUCACUGUGGCGCAGAUGUCAAUGCCAAAGAUAGAGAUGGAGACACGCCAAUGCACGAUGCAGUGAGAAUAAACAGAUUCAAGAUGAUUAAACUGUUGAUGAUGUACGGGGCCAGCCUUCAUACAAAAAACUCUGACGGGAAAACGCCUCUGGAAACCUUGUAUUCUUGGCAGAGUGGAGCAAAAAGCCUCUUGUGCAACUUCAGAGAGGAGAAGUCCCCUCAAUCAAAAUAAACCCCCGUUACUUAGUUUCUUUAGAAAUCAGUGUUGAAUGUAUUAAAGAGAAGGAUUGCUGGUUUAAAGAAUACAUCUUUUAUCAAGUACACCCUAAAUAAGAACCAACAGUCUAUUUGUUGUAAACACUCUUGUUGAUUCAGGGAUUUCAACUGCCAACCUCUCAGGCUGAUGCUUUGACCUGAUGCACUUGCAUUAUUGUGAUGUAUUGAAUCCAGCUCAGCCUUGUGUGGGGUUACGACACUUUAGUUAAGGACGUUUGAUCAAUAAUGUGAAAUCAAACCCGGAUGCUGAUAAUUUUCUCUGGUGGAGUCACUGAUCGCCUUAUAUUGCUGGACAAUGUCUCGGCAGACACUGUGGGAAUGUUUUGUAGUUUCUUUUUUUUUUAUAAGAAGCUGAGUUCAAAUCAGCAAGAAUGCAUCGUAAAGAUGAGUUAUUUAUUGAUUAAUGACAUCACUAUCAGAUUUAUGAGGUUUGACUGAAACUUUUAGACUUUUUUUUUUAUAUCAGUCAUUUUAGUUAAUUUUAAUAGAACCUGGACUGCUUUAUGAAUCGCUAUGACAGAAGAAAAACAUUGUAUUGAUAUGAUACAGUUUUGGAAAUCAUUUGAAUGAAGUAUAAAAUGGACUCUAAGGACUUAAGGACAAACUUGGUCUUGUUUCAAGCGUUUUGCAUAUUGUUGCAUUCAAUAGUUUGUUGGAUUGUGAAAUGAGAUGGGAAAAAGUAUGUUUUGUGUUGUUUUGAGAAGAAGCUCUUCUGUUAUAUUUUUAAAGAGCAAAUUUGUUGUAAAUUUUAGAAUGAUCAAAUAGGCUAUUAUAAAUUAAACUAUGCUGGGUGAUCAUUUAUUCUUCUUUUAGGAAGCGAUGCUCAGUUCUCAAUUUAAAAGGGGGAAAAACAUGCAAUACAAGUAAAGAGAAAAGUUUGUUUAUGUAUUGAUGAUGGUUCAGAGGAAGUCUGACAAGCACUUGUUGCAAACGUUUUUAAAAUAUUUAUUAACUUUUAUUUGUAUGUAUUGAUGACAACAAAAAGUCAUGGUAAGAGUUUUGAAAUAAAACCUUUUUGCAGUGUU